AUGGACCUCGAUGAUCCACCGAUAGAGCUUACUCCCUCUCCCAUGCGCGUCCUUGUGCAAACACUAACUCACCUCGUUCCGUCGGACAAUCUUAUCGCCAAUGGCCUGCAACGAUGGUACUCCUACGGCGACGAGUUUGGCUACAACAACCGGGUCUGCUUUUUCCUAUUAGACUAUGGCACUGCUCCGAACGGUAAUGAUGAGGAGGUUCCAAUCCAGUGUUUUACGUGGGAUGGUGAGAAAUUCAUACCCAAGCCAGAUCUUCUCCAGAGCGAAGAGAUUCAAGCCGAGUUGAAGGAGGUACCGUUUACACCAGGCCCUUCCGACCGUGGUGAGAUACCGCCGAUGCGGGAUAUAGUGCGGCGGAGGCUACGGAAAGCACAGUUUUUGUCGAAACGUGAGCUUGACUAUAUGGCGGAGCAUCAGGAGGAUCAAGAGUGGCUGGAAAGAAAGCUGAAACCAAGGUUUUGGGCAAACUUCCUGGAGCAAAUGGAGAAGAGGGCAAAAGAAAGGGAGACGGAGAGGGAAGAGCCCAAAGAGGGACAGGAAGUCGACCCGGCACAGGAAGAAGAGAACCGGGCUAAAGCAAUGGGGAAAUAAUUAUGCCGUGUACAUAUGUG